UCUGCAGUACGUCAGUACAAUUUUAGAUCUCGAGCGAGCAAGUUCGUCCGGAAUAAACAGAGGUACAUCCAAUGAAAGCCGUCAUUUUUGGGCAUUAACGCGGACUCCAGAUUGCCCCAGGAAAACCACAUUUUUUGUCGCAGUGCAUCAGAGGAUCAUGUACAUUUACCCGAGCUCCCCGGAAUCAGCAUCGUCCUUGCAGUCCGAAGAGAGUGCGGCCAUCAAGAUCCAGGCAGGAUUUCGUGGCUAUAGAGUUCGCAAAGAAAUCCAUCGAUCCAGCAAAUCAGCAAAUCCUCGCCUAUCCAAUCCGCAUACCCGGAGAAAUCAACGCCAGCGUCCAAAAAACAACGCCCUCAUGGAAAACCAGGAAAAUACGGGAAAUUCCCGACCCAAUAUCGAUGAACAGAAGGUGACUUCCGAAAAUGGAGGAAAAUCUGUGGAGGAUCGUUCGGCCACCAAGAUCCAGGCAGGAUUCCGUGGUUUCCUGGUGCGAAAGAAGCAGAAAAUUGCCACCGAUGCGGCCGUUAAAAUUCAGGCUGGCUUCCGGGGAUUCAAAACACGCAAAGAAUUGAAACAAUGCGAGCCCAUUGUGUAAUAAUUUUUAGGGCGUUGUUCUACAAUUCGAAUUUCUACUGUACAUACAAAUAUGUGUAUUCAAAACCUACCAUUUAGUUCAAUACGUGUCGUGUAAAUAGUUUAAUAUUAACUGAUAGCUUCCAGAAGAAUAAAAUACUCUUACUCAAGAAACCGGAAUCUUGAAAGACAACCAUUA